CGAUUCAUAUCUUCUUGUUCCAAUAGAAAGAAGGACAACCACCAAGGCCAUGGCUGCAGCGACGACGAUGACGUCUCGCCGCCUCUUCGCGCUCGCCGCCGCCGUCUACGUCCUCGCCGUCUGCUGCCUCGAGCGCCCCGCAGUGGCGGCGGCGCCGCAGGGGAAGCAGUACAGGGUCGGCGGUGAGGACGGGUGGCGCGUGCCGCCGCCGCCGCCGCCGGAGAACAAGGACAGGUACUACGACACCUGGGCCUCCAACAUCACCUUCUACGUCGGCGACACCCUCGAGUUCGUGUACAAGAACGACUCGGUGCUGAGGGUGUCCAAGGCGGGGUACUACCACUGCAACGAGACGGCGGCCGACGCGGCGCCGCGCGACGGCCGGACCGUCUUCCUCCUCGACGGCCCCGGGUUCGCCUACUUCGCCAGCGCCGACCUCGCCCACUGCGCCAUGGAGGAGCGCCUCGCGGUCAGCGUCCUCGCUGCCGGCAGCCUGCCGGCGCCCGCGCCGUCCCCGUCGUCGUCGUCGUCGUCGUCGUCCUCGGCGCCCGGGCCGUGGUCCUGGGUGCUGUCGCCGUCGCCGUCGCCGUCCGGUGAGCACUCCGCCGCUGCUGCGCUGCCGGUCGUCGCGGCUUCCUCUGCUCACGCCGUCGUCCUCGUGGUGGCCGUCGCGCUGCUGGCAGCCGGUUUCGUUUGAUUUCAGCAAUCGUAUCGCAGUGUCUCUGUGUGUUAUUCGGUGUUUAGGCAUGCAUGCAUUAUUGUGCAUGAUCAUCAGUACGUAGUUUGAAUCUUAUUAAGAGUGCCAUCGCAUGUGUGUGCUGUGUCGUAUCGUCAAAUAUUGUUCAUGUUCAUUAGGUUGCUGAUGAUGAUGUUGGACUCUUUUAAUGUCGUGAUGUAUCGUAGGUUUCGUUUCCAAUGCCAGUACCAUUAUUAAUUAAUUAGAAGUUUGUCUCUGGA